GUUUUUAAGUGAGUAUUUUCUCCAGUUUUAUUGUUGGAGGAUUCAUCUCUCUUCCGGACUCAUUCCCUCUCGGUUGUGUGCAGACAGCGAGCUCAGUGCUGAGACCAGACACUUGUGGAGAGGAACGCCGUCCAUCAUUGAAUCUGACUUCAGGGCAGCUGUCUGAGGAAGAAAGAUGACUCCCCCUCUCAAGAAACGGAGGGACACGCCUCGUAGUCGUGACUGUCAGCAGUGUGGUAAAGCGUUCUCUUCUUCAUCAGGUUUAAAAAAGCAUAUGCGAGUUCACACUGGAGAGAAACCGUACAGCUGUGAUCAGUGUGGGAAAAAUUUUGCUCGAAAAGUGGAUUGUAAGAUCCACCAACGAACUCACACAGGAGAGAAACCAUACAGCUGUGAGAUCUGUGGGAAAGCUUUCACACAUUCAUCAGCAUUGAAGAAUCAUAUACGCAUGCACACUGGAGAGAAACCAUACAAAUGUGAGAACUGCGGUAAAAGUUUCAGUCGUGCUUUAAAGCAUCAUGAGCGUAUUCAUACUGGAGAGAAACCAUACAAGUGCAGAUAUUGUGAAAAGAAAUUCACAGCAAUAGCAUCACGUAUAACCCAUGAGCGCACCCACACUGGAGAGAAACCCUUCAGCUGUGACCAAUGUGGAAAAACCUUCAGGUAUCAAAGCAACUUAACACUCCACCAGCAGAUCCACACUGGAGAUAAACCGCACAAAUGUAGACACUGUGAGAAAACCUUCAGACAUCAAUGGAACUGCAUCAGACAUGAACGUGUCCACGUUGGUCUGAAACCAUACGUCUGUGGGGAGUGUGGGAAGAGUUUUGGUAGUUCAUUUUCAAUUGGCAGACAUAAACUCACCCAUGCUGGAGUCAGAAAGUACCACUGUGAGCACUGUGACAAAAGGUUUGUUUCAGCUCACCAUCUUGAGGAGCAUCUGCGUAUCCACACCGGACACAGGCCGUACUGGUGUGUUGGUUGUGAGAAAAGCUUCACAAGGAGCUCUGGGCUGAGAAGACACAAAUGUGUCAAAAAAGAGAGCAAGAGGGUGCUCAUGAGCAGCGACAUGUAA